UAUAGUAAACACAAACCUAACCUCAUUUUGCGAGUUUGUUGUCCACAAUUCAAUGAGAAUUAUUACCUUUAUUAUUUUUGGCCUUUUUUCUUUUAACGGAAUUUACGGAGAGAAUGUGUGUUAUAAAGAUAAGUGUCAUGUAUCGUCAACCAGAUAUUUACUUUACGACGUCAAUCCGCCCGAAGGGUUUAACCUGAGACGAGAUGUUUAUAUGAGGAUCGCAAUACUUGCGCAUCAAUUGCAAAAAAGCACAAGAUUGGGAUUAAAUAGCAUUAAAGUGGUACUGCCCCCGUGGUCCCAUUUAAUUCAUUGGAGUUACAGCGAAAUUCCGGAAUAUGUGCCGUGGUCGACAUUUUUUGACUUGCACAGCCUACAGCUAUUCGCGCCGGUUAUUGAGAUGCACGAUUUUUUUAGCAUUCUACAACAAAACAAGUACACCAAAGCAAUCAUAGACAAUGUGUAUAUACUUCAGCACUUUGAUGAUAUGUUUGAAACAGGAAAGUUUGUUGAUAAAUUGGAAAUUCAAAAAUGCCAAAAUCCACCCAAAGUGCGAUACUUUUACUACAACAACAUGACCUCGACUAACGUGAAAUGUCUCUCAUUCCAUGGACCGGCUUCUCAACUAAUUCAACUUUUGCAAAAUACCUCUUCAAAAACUAUUCUAGUGGACCACGCAGAAGUAAUGCUUCAUGAUCGAUUUGGAGAUAAAACAUAUUGGAUGGCCAGACGUAGUAUGAGGUUUAACAAAGAAUUAAGAAAAAUUGCUCUUAAAUUCAGAGAAAAUUACUUAAAUUCAACGGACAGAGGGGAUAACACAUUUCUAGAGGCGGAUUGGAGAAAUGACAAGCCCAAAAGAGAUGCUACAGGUGGGCCUUAUAUCGGCGUCCAUUUAAGAAGACGAGAUUUUGCUAGAAGCCGACCCGAAGAAGUGCCAUCUAUCGAGAACGUUGCGGAUCAAAUAUCCGCGUUAUUACAAAAAUUACAACUUGAGAAAGUGUUCAUUGCCACAGACGCCACAAAAUUAGAGUAUGAUGGGCUGAGGUCGAAAUUGGAGCAAAAAUAUGAAGUUUAUAGGUAUGAACCUACGGACGUAAUUAAGGAAAAAUUCAAUGAGGGCGGGGUCGCCAUAAUAGAUCAGAUUAUUUGUUCGUACUCGCGAUACUUUCUUGGGACUAAAGACAGUACCUUUUCGUACCGCAUUCAGGAGGAAAGGGAAAUCCUGGGCUUCCCCACCGACCGAACUUUUAACGUUCUGUGCAAAAAUAUGCACGAAUGUUCCGAACCUUCUGUGUGGAAAAUCGUGUAUUAAAACAAGUAAUCGC